AUGCUGGAUGCACUCGUGCUAACUGUGUACCUCCCCUUUCCCCUCCACCCAUCCCCCAUCCCGCCCUCCUGGUGCUUGCAGGAGUACGUGCAGUAUCUGUCAGAGCCAGGGGCACUGCAGGCGCCACAUACUACCAGCGGGCAUUUGAACGCCGUUUGGACGCACAAGCUGACCCGGGACAACAUUGACAGCAUCUGCAGCGCUCGCAUCCCCACCGCUGUAAUUCAUGGAGUGGACGACAUUGUAGCACACGUCUCCCUGGGAGAGAAGGUGGCCAAGCGCCUGGCACCCAUAGCGCGGUUCAUCCUGCUUCUAGGGGCGCACAUGCUGGUGCGAGAGCGGAUCGAAGAGGUGAACGCAUGUCUGGAAGAGUUGUUUCAAGCCGCAGAGGCAUGUGUGCCUGUGGAGCAGUGGGUGCAGCGUCGCAGCGAUGUGUACCUGCCUGAAUCGGCGCGGGAGCGGCAUGGGAAGGCCGAGGAGAGGAAGCUUGUGACGCAAUUUAGCCACGGUGCUGCUCGCUCUCCUUUUCCCUUUUUGGGUUCACUCAAUUAG